CUAUGUCCAGUAAGCUGGUCAAAAAUGACCUGUUAGAUCUAAACUCUCCAGAUGAAGCCGGAGGGCGCGAGCUGUCUGCUAUCAAGGAAGCCAUUGAUGUCAAGGUGACUGUUCUAGUCUCCAUACCUCCAUCUGAGAACGGGAGUGCACAGAUAGUGUCCUCAGAGCUGACCAUGUUUGGAGAGAACCCAUGCCUCUUCGUCAUUAGAGCUGAAGAGAUAUGUAACAAACCUUCCAACACCAGUGACCCCGACACAUUACUGAACAAGGAGCCAGAACUGAUGGUGAAGCUGGCUGGUACAGUAAACUAUGGAACACCUCACAUCUAUAGAACCAGUGUAACCGGCGGAGCGCUAGUGCUGACGAUAGACAUGAAAGAAGACCUUGUCGUUACGCACAACUAUUAUCCUGAGCUGAAAAACACAACAAUUUAUCUCAAUUUCAUGUUUGAAAGCUAUCAAAGCAUAGAGAAAAAUGCCAACUCUACUGAUGUUUUUGUUAAUGUACAGACUUUGUUCACUCCUGUCACUCCUACAUUACCUCCAACCACCACCUUGCACAGUGAACAGUCUGGUCUAAGUCCCCUGUAUGGAACCACAUUGUUGCUGCUUCUCGUAGUUUUUCUCUUCAACUGAAUCACAAACAGAAGAUUUCUCUAUGAAUAAUUCUCAGCUCUGCGGGUGCAGCCCUGUGGUCACCUCUGUACAUCAUGGCACAGGAACUGUGUGCAGUUUAUCCGAGGACCGUCCGAGUGCACUUUCUUUGAACCGCCUUAAUGGGGUUAAGGAUCAGUCAGUGAAAGUCCAUGUGUAUUCCCGACUCAUGGGGAUGUUCCCUGAAUGUAGGUCAAUAUAGUUCAUAAUAAACUUGAUAAAAGUAAAAGGAUCUCUGCUGCCUUAUCUAAAAUACCUUUGCUUUUUAUUUAUCAAGG